GGCGGACGGGGCGUUGCAGCAGCGUCCACUCAUUUCAGAGUUGCAUUUAUUUAAUUAACUGGGCAACACAGCCGUGUGUGUUGUGCUUGGAGCCUCUUGGAUAGUCGCCCACUUUCCCAUUCGUGCGCGCUAACUUCCCCUGGGGGCCUUUUUUCCUUUUCAUUAUGCCUGUUGAACUGGGUCUUUCUUGUCCUAUCCAAUAAUUGUCUCACCCUCUCACACUCUUUUUGAAAUUCUACCCCCUCCCUUGUGUCGAUAGUAUUCCCGCUUUUCUCCUGUUUCUCCUUUGCCAUAUAGACACAUCAUUUAGCACCAGCCAAUUAAGACCAAAUCCUUCACCACACCCCCAACUCUCUUUGUAUGGGAUUUUUGUGAUCUCGCAGAUUGACAUGCCAUCUUCAAAAGCCAGAGACAGUCCCUCUGUCGAGCGGCGCGACCGUCUUACGCUUGCGAAAUUGGCCAGCUAUGACGAUGUCGCGACGGAUGCGCUGGUCGACCGGGCCUAUUUCUGGACGAAUACCCGCAAAAACCGAACUAAAUAUAUUCCUGUGCGAGGGAUACAUGACGACGAUGUCGCUCGUAUUCUCCUUCAAGAUGUCAUCGUUGCCAAGGACACAGUGAAAGCGGAAACACAGUUGCUAUCCAUGUCAGGGAUGAAAAAGUACCUGGCUAAGCUCCCGAAUGACCGUGAGAAGGAAUGGUUCCGCCGGCAUCUGCGCAAAUACAUCCAGAUGUAUCUUCCGGACUCGCCGUUCGAAGUCACUACGACCAAUCGCUACACGAUAACCGAGCAUGAGGCGGCGAUCUGUGCCCGGAAAUUUAUCAAACAGGGCGAAGAGAUCAAGUAUCUAAGCGGCACACUUGUUCCCAUGACCCGUGAAGAAGAGCAGGAAUUGGAUCUGAAGAGGAAGGAUUUUAGCAUAGUCAUGUCCAGCCGAAGGAAAACACCAUCUUUCUUUCUUGGCCCCGCUCGCUUCGCCAAUCAUGACUGUAACGCCAACGGGCGAUUGGUAACACGGGGGUCGGAGGGCAUGCAAGUCGUGGCCACUCGAGACAUUUACACAGGAGAAGAGAUUACCGUUUCAUAUGGCGAUGAUUACUUCGGCAUCGACAAUUGCGAGUGCCUUUGCUUAACAUGUGAACGUGUAGUUCGCAAUGGGUGGGCGCCUCACGUGGACUCUGAGGGAGAGUCAAGCAAGGCAUCCACUCCAGCUUUGAAUGAUGAAGUGAUGUCUAACGACAAUUCACUUUCUCCCAGAAAUCGCAAGCAUCCCUCUGACAGUGAUUCUGAGAUUUCGCCCUCCAGUACACCCCGGAAGAGGACCAAAUUUACACGUCAGAACUCUAAAUUACGGUCAGCCGUGUCGCUUGCAGACUUUGCUCCAAUGUCAGACAAUCCACCGCUAUCGACAGAGACUCUAGUUGUGCAACAGGCUACGGAAGCCGCUAGUGUAGCCGAGGAUGCCAUUGAACCUGCAAAAGGUUCUGCUGUGGAGGUUGCUGUGGUGGUCACCCAAACAUCAGCUACUGACUGUGACUCGCCUCCUUCGCUCGAGGCCGACGACUCGCAACUCUUGUCAACGUCAACCACACCUACAUCUCUCGGUGAUGUUAAGAUUAAGGUGGAGGAUUUGUUGGAGGCCCCCCUCCCCGAAACGGGGUCUACAACAACGGCUCACCUCGCACUUUCAGCCACAGACCAGCCUCGCGGCGACCGACGUUUACUAGGAAAUGAUAGCGACGCAUUGUCCGAACUGUCGGAUUUAGUUGACAUGGAUGACAAGCUGGCUACUGUCCAAAAGCCGAAGAGAUCGAGGGGUUCUUGCUGGAGAAAUAGCGUGGUCCCGUCGGUGGAGGAAGAGUCGCACCGUGUUCGGGUUCCUGGAGACUACACCAAAACUUCCAAAUUGCUUGCACAAGCCUACGAUCGGUGGGUAGACUGUCAUACUUGCCAUGCCUGGUUUGUACAACAAAAUUCAUAUCUCACUCGGCGAGAGUGUCCCCGUUGUGAGCGCCACUCCAUGCUAUAUGGAUUUAGAUGGCCGAAGACCGACAAGGAGGGCCCAAUGGAUGACGAGGAGCGAGUAAUGGAUCAUAGGACUGUCCACAGGUUCUUGUACCCAGAGGAAGAAGCUCGUGUCUCUCGCAAAGACCGUGGAGUCAGUUUCGGCGUCACGCCCACUCCUGAGCUAUCUGAGCCUCGAACGGAGACAGAGGACAGUGAGGCGUGCGAAGACCGGCGCAACACCAGAGCGAGCAGAAGACGGACUCGUUCGCUUCGGAUGACCAUGUAACGACGACGAUGGGUAAUCAAUUCAUAUGCAGCAUUGGAUGCUGAACUGGAGUUUCGGGUAACCCUUUCCAUCUACUUUCAGUGCAGUUGGCGUUUCAUCUAUAUUGGGUACGGUGCCGUUGAUAAGGCUUAUUAGGACUUGUUAGACGAUUCCAUGUAAUUUUUUCUUUUCAUUUUCGUUUUUAUUUUUCCUCUAUUAUUAUCCUUUUACUUUUUGGUUACGAUGUACAGAUUUGGGUAUCUUCUAUCAAGUUCUUUCUUUUUAUUAAUCUUUUUCUUUGUGUUGGUGGUGGUUGGGAUUACUGUUAGGACGGAGGGAAAGGAGGGCAUGUCACUUAUUGGGCAUUCUAUCGGAAUCCCUUGGGUGUAUAACAGAUAUUGAAUAUUACGAACAUUAGACCUACUCGAUCAGGUGAUACAUCCUUCGGCUUCCCCCCC